AAAGAAUUUCGUGAAAGUAUGGCAAAGUUUAUUUUAGAAACAGAAAGUAUGGCAAAGUUAAGGUCGCAAUAUUUUAUUCAUAUUUGAGGAAGAAGACAGAAGAGGUAAAAAUAUCAGCUUAAACCCCUGUUCCGUACAUCUUUUGUCUUCCUCAACUGAAUACCGUUCUGAUGUACUGAUUGCCAUACACCAAUCCUCAAUUCCUUUGUCUAACCCUAGAAUUCAGCUUGAAUCUGCCCAAAUUGGCCACCGAAUCUCUUCCUCAGCUCAUUAAAUUCCCAAAUAUUCUGCAAUUGAGUUGGAAAUCCAGCUGUUAUAGAAUUAUUACAAGUGUAGAUUUCGCCCGUGUCGUCGAUGGCUGCGAGUGCUAACCCUUCAGGCGUUCAUAGAAAUGGUAACAAUAAUAAUAAUAACGGCAACAGCAACGGCAGCGUGCCGGAGAAUACCAGCGGCAGCGGCGUGUCCUUGCCGGGGACAGCUCAAACCGCACUCCGCCAUAACCCGGGCCUAUCGCUUGAUUGGACGCCUGAGGAACAAUCGACGCUAGAAGAUUUGCUUACCAAAUAUGCCUCUGAAACCAACAUUAUUCGGUAUGCUAAAAUUGCUCAGGCAUUAAAAGAUAAAACAGUCCGUGAUGUUGCAUUGCGUUGCAGAUGGAUGAAUAAAAAGGAAAAUGGCAAGAGAAGAAAAGAUGAUAACAAUUCGAGAAAAAGUAAAGACAAAAAGGAAAAAGCAAUAGAUUCAUUGCCAAAAUCUUCUCAAGUAGCAAACCGCUCAAAUGGCCCUCCAUAUGUUCAGCCAAUGUUGAUGGAAAGUGAUGAUGGAAUUUCAUAUAAAGCUAUUGGUGGAGUCACUGGACAGCUUCUUGAGCAAAGUGCUAAUGCCUUGGAUCAAAUUUCUGCCAAUUUUUCUGCCUUCAAGAUCCAUGAGAACAUCGACCUCUUCUGUCAAGCUCGGACAAAUAUCCUUUCAAUCUUAAAUGACUUUAAUGACUUGCCAGAAAUAAUGAAGCAGAUGCCACCACUUCCUGUGAAGCUGAAUGAAGACCUAGCCAACUCCAUUCUUCCUCGAACAUCCAUGGUAAAUAACUCUUGAGAUGCUUCUUUUUGCUUACUGCUGAUUGACUCUCUGAAGAAGAAGUUAUGUGAAAUAUUUAUAGCAAAAAAAAGAAAAGAAAAAGAACAAAUCUGCCACUCAACUCUGCUCUAGACGGAAGUCCCAGAUGUUCAUUCUUUAGAGCCUAGUGACUUGUCAUUUGUAGUUGAAUUCUUCUUUUUCGUCUUUAUGUUGCUGUCUAUCUGAAGUUAUACGCCCUAUGAAAUAUUUAUAGCAAAAGAAAUUGGUUAUGGAAGUCCCAGGGGUCCGUUCACUCUUCAGAACGUAGUUGCGACUUGUCAUUUGCAGUCGAAUUUUCCUUUUCACCUUCAACUCUGUUCUAGGAUGUAGUUGGUGUAGCGUAGUGUAGAACUCAAAUUUAGUUAUGUAAAUAACUGUAGGGGGAGUUAAUAAAAGAUGUGCUAGUCAUUUGAAGAGCAUUUGGUGAAAUAUUAAUCUUGUAUUUGUGUAUAUUUUGAAGUGUAGCAGGGGAAUGCCUCUUGUGUACAAGAAAAUAAUAUUUUUCGUUAGAUUUUAUCUAUUCAAAUUUGAAGGAAA